AUGGAUGUACUCUCUCAUUAUGACAGCGCAGGUCCUUCCCAGCAUCCAUCAACACAUGCACAAACUCCUGACCUUUAUUCUAGCUUACCUGAAAAUGAAACUGCUACUGCUGGUGAUGGUAUCUUACAUAAUCCUGAGUUUAAGAAAAUACCUGAAGAGCCAACUUAUGUUGAAUUACAGUCUAAACGGAGAGAGUGGACUACUCAGAUUGAGAACUUUACAACUCACCAUUUUAACGGAGAACUGCAAUCUACAAAAUUUUAUGAUCACAAAAGCCCUCCUAUUGACUAUUUCAAUAAUAUGUUUCCAGACGAAUUAUUUCAAGUUAUUGUGAAUAAUACCAACAAAUAUGCAAGACUAAAAAAUAGCAAACCCAGAGAUAUCUGGAACAAUGACUUGUAA